AUGGCGUUGACAAUAUCUCGAGUCUCUUUUGAGCAUUAUCGUACAGCUCUGGGUAUCGCCGAGACUGAACCACGAAUCUCUUGGAGAUUUGACGGUCCUGUUGCGAACUGGGAACAGAGCUCAUACGACAUUGAGGUUACCCGAAGUGUCAAUAAGGAACCCAAAUCAUUUUCUUUCAACACUUCCGACUCACUUUACCUUCCCUGGCCAGAUGCUCCUCUAGAUGAAGCUGAACAUGCAUCCGUUAGGGUUCGCGCUCAUGGUCUUGCCGCAAAUAAUCAACCCUCAACACCUUGGUCUGAUUGGGUGUCUGUUGAAACUGGCUUGUCCAAGAAAAGCUGGGAGAAUGUCAAACCAAUUGCUUCAACUAUCAAAGUUAAUACGAGCGAACCGAAAAGGCCUGUAUACUUCAGAAAGGACUUUGUAAUUCCUGAUAGUUUCGAAUCAGCAAGGUUUUACAUCACCGCUUUGGGUAUCUACGAAGCCGAGAUCAACGGGAAGCGAGUCGGAGAUCACGUCUUGGCCCCGGGAUGGCAGUCCUACCACCACCGUCACGUCUAUGACACAUAUGACGUUACCAACCUUAUUACGCCAGGCGCGAAUGCGAUUGGAGCACUAGUUGGUGAGGGAUGGUAUUCUGGCCGUUUAGGGUUUGAGGGAGGACAACGAAACCUCUACGGCAACUCUACAGGUCUCUUGGCACAACUUCACAUCAAGUUCAAGAAUGGUACUGUGUCCAAGGUGUAUACCGAUGAGACCUGGAAGUCAGGAUUCGGACCAGUUGGGAAUGGAGAAAUCUAUGAUGGAGAAUCUUAUGACGGCACCCUUGAGGCUGAGAUCAAGGGAUGGUCAGAGCCCGGAUUCAACGACGAAUCCUGGUAUGAGACUCGAUUACUUCCUGCUGUCGAAGGAGAACUCGUCCCUCCAGAUCAACCUCCUGCUAGACGAAUUGAAGAGCUCAAACCAAAAGAGUUCUUCAAGUCACCGUCUGGAAAGCAGCUUGUCGACUUUGGUCAGAAUCUGGUUGGUUGGUUGCGAUUAAGAGUUGAGGGGCCUGCAAACACAACCAUCACAUUGAGACAUGCAGAAGUUUUAGAAAAUGGGGAACUGGGUAUCCGACCGCUUCGAAAAGCCAAGGCCACCGACACAAUCAAGCUUAGCGGAGAGGGGCCACUUGAGUGGGAGCCAAAGUUUACGUUUCACGGUUUUCGCUAUGCUCAGAUUGAUGGGUGGCCUGAAGAGAUACCGUUAGAUGAAAACAGUGUUACGGCGAUUGUUGUUCAUACUGAUAUGGAAGAGACGGGAUACUUCAACUGCUCACACGAAUUGUUAAACAAAUUUCACUCCAACGUUCGCUGGUCGAUGAAGGGUAACUUUCUUUCUAUUCCCACCGACUGUCCUCAGCGCGAUGAACGUCUUGGAUGGACUGGAGACGCUCAUGCCUUUUGCCCAACAUCCAACUAUCUCUAUGACACAGCCUCAUUCUGGAAGAGUUGGCACAGAGAUGUGUGGUCUGAAAUGUCGGUCAAUGACAGCAUGGUUCCCCCUUUCUUCAUCCCUACCGUUCCCACGGUGUUUGGCACGGUACCUAUUCCUGCUGCAGUAUGGGGAGACGUCGUGGUCUCUAACCCAUGGAACAUCUACCAAGCCUUCGGCGACAAAGGACUCUUGCAGGAACAUCUUCCUCAAGCCCAAGGCUGGAUAGAUCAAGGAAUACCCAGGAAUGAGGCUGGCCUAUGGGAUCGGAAGUCUUUCCAAUUCGGGGAUUGGCUGGACCCUCUGGCCCCAUCUGAUAAUCCCGGAGGUGCAACUACUAGCAAGUAUCUGGUGUCAGAUGCGUACUUGAUCAGGAUGACAGAGAUUCUCACACAAAUUGUUACUGCCCUUGGAAAAUCGGAUCUGGCUGUAAAAUACGAGGCACAGCACUUGGAUCUCAAGGACGAGUUUCGCAAAUCUUGGGCGCCAGAUGGAAAGUUGGCAAACAGGACCCAAACCGCUUACGCAUUGUCUGUGGGCUUUAACCUUUUGAAGGAUGAAGAACAAAAACAAAAGGCAGCGGCCACAUUACGCGAGAUUAUCCGAGAGAACGACUAUCUUGUCGGCACUGGAUUCGCAGGUACAGCACCUCUCGGCUUCGCCUUGAAAGAUGCCAAUGCGACCGAAGACUUCUACAAAAUGCUCCUCCAAGAAAAAGUCCCGUCAUGGUUAUAUCAAGUAGUCAUGGGUGGUACAACAACUUGGGAGAGAUGGGAUAGUCUUUUGGCGAAUGGCACAGUUAAUCCAGGCGAGAUGACGAGUUUCAAUCAUUACUCUUUUGGGUCUGUUGCCAAUUGGAUGCAUCAAGUCAUUGGUGGAAUUGCGCCCCUUGAGCCAGGAUAUAAGAGGAUUGCCAUUGCGCCUAUUCCGGGAGGGAAUAUUACACAUGCAAGCGCGAAGCUUGUUACUGGAUAUGGUACAAUUUCGACGGAUUGGAAGUUGACGGACGAGGGGUUCCAUUUGAAAGUGAGAAUUCCACCCAACACCAAGGCUGAGAUUACCCUGCCUGGAAUAGACAAGACGGAAAGUGUUGGUUCUGGGCUGCAUGAGUUUCACCAAUCUACCUAA